UAUAUAGUAUAACUUCCAGAUAACUACCAAAAGUUUGAGGAGAAGACAAAUAUGUACCAUCGGAUAAGGUUGAACAAGGAAUCAUUUUUUGAUCCUCCUAAAAAGUUAUUUUAAAUAAUUGCUAGGUACGUGCGAGGAGGUGACAAAAUGUAAACGAAUCAGAUGGCUGAAAAUCAAGAAGUGGUAGCUGAAGGAGUUGCAGAUGAUGAGGAAUUUGGGGAAUUUGAAGGUUUUGAGGGAGCACCAUUAGAGCCUGUGCAAGCUCAGCCAGCACCAUCACCUUGGGCUACAUUUCCAGAUCUUCUUCCUGUUCAAAACAGUUCUGCUGCCUCGGUUGACGAGGAUCCAUCUUCUCCAGUUCGGCCAACAGAGCCACUAGAUGAGCCAUGGUUAGUAGCAGCAGCAGCAGCAUCUAGUCCUCAGCGCUACCCUGCUUUAAGCAGUUCUGCUGCUACCACUGUAUCAUUUCAACAGUCAAGAACUUCAAAUCCACCAGAUAUUUCACUAGCAAACUGCCAGGUUAUCGGUAAUGAAUUAAUAGGGGCAUGUGAUAUUACUCAAUCAUCACGGCUAUCAAAUCCUCCUGACAUAUCCUUGGCAGAAUUCAGUCAAACUGAUGGUGACCUGAACAAUGAGAGAGAAAGCUCAGGCCCUUCAUCCUGGUUAUCUAAUCCACCAGAUGUAUCCAUAGGUGCUAGGCCUGUUCUGUCUGUUUCGGACUCACCUGAUGAAAUACCAGGUGGUUCUAUACCUGUUCUGAUAAAUAACGCAUCUCAAGCUUCAGUAUCUGAAUCUAAUACUCUGCAACGGUUUCUACAAGAUGUACCACCUGAUCUCGGCUCACUUCAAGCUCAAGUGCAAGAACUUCAACAGGAAAGGACACACCAACAAGAACAAAUUGAAGCACUACAACACACAAAUAUGCAGCUAGAACAACAACUUUCUGAAAGACAAAGAGAAGCUCGAGAUCUUAGAACACAGUUAGAAGAAACACAGGAGUCCUUGCAUGUGAUGGAGAGGAGAUUAGCAUCAGAGCACAGCAGUGUUGGAACUUUACUACAUAAAAUAGAGCAGACCCAGGACUGGAUGGAUAAAGAGAAAGAAGUAUUUUAUGGACAGCUACGAGAAGAAAUUAAAACUUUAGAACAGAGGUUACAAGGUCAGCGAUGUGAUGACAUGGACAGUUUACACAAAUUUGUUGAGAAGUGUAUACAGAGGUGUUCUGAAGAGCUAUGUGAUAAUGUAACAUCACUGUUAAAGGAUGCUGUUGUUAGCCAUUCCAGUAAUCAUCAGAAUCUUCAUGUGGCUGAACUGGUGGAACAGUUCAAGAAAGAACUUCAAGUACAGUCAGCUGAGCAACGAAAGCUUCUGCAGCAGGAACGGAGACAACAGUUUCUGAUGCUUUCAUCAACUCUACAGUCUGUAGCCUUGCAGUUGAAGACAGGCUAUGAUGAGACUGACCAAAACGAAGAAACAGAAUCAUGACAGAAACGGUGGAAACCUGAAACCAAGUUUAUCUUGUCAUGUGAUCUAUGAGAAAGAGUUGAAUACAAUGUGUGUAUAUUUACAAGAAAGUUGCAUGUCCUUAUAGGUCAAUUAUGUUACUUCUGUUCCAAAUCAGUCUUCUAGUAGUACUAGAAUCUUUAAAUAGAUUCAUGAAAUGCUUAUGCCCAAAAUCUAGAACAUGCACAGUGUAGUUGAAAACUGACUGGUUCCUUCUUGGCUUGUGUAGAGGUUUAAAAGAUAUAACAGUGUUGUUGUAUGUUAAUGUUUUUCUUUAAACAUAUUGAAGUGGGAAAAAAAGAAAUUAAAAGUUCAAAAACUAUGUUAAGUCAACACCGUUAUGCUUGUUCAUAGCAAUUAAAAUUUAUAACUGUACAGUGUAAAUCCUUAUAAGAUUUACUCUCUUGGCUAUUUUUUUUAUUAGAACAAUGUGCUUCAGAAAUCUUUUUAUGCAUUUUAAUUUUCAGUUUGUAUUAUUCAGAAAUCUAUAAAAUCGUCAAAUAAAAAUGUAUAAUAACCGUUGAGCAACUGCCUUUCCUCACAUCUAUUAAUCUGUAUGUGUAAAUAAGUAAAAAUAACAUAGAAUUGAUGAAAUGGCAAAGGCUUGAAAUGUUAUCUUUUAACACAAAUUUUCUUUUGAAAAUUAUGACCUUCACAUAUAUAUAAUUUUUUGUACUGCCCAUGUAGUUGUUUAACAGAUAUCUAAUUCUUUUCACAUUUUCUCAUAAACAUGCCCUAUUCUGUGUUGCAUCAGUGAUACAACAAACUAUGUGUGUAAAUAAAGUGAAUGCAAAAACUGAAAAACAGCUUUCACAAGACCUUGUAUUAACAGAAGAUGUUGGAUACAGUUGAGAAAUGAGUGAAAAGGUGUUGAAGAAACAUGUUAAAACUAAAAUAAUGUGUCGUUCUUUUUCCAGAUAUUCAGCUGUUUCAAUGAUGACAAUAAAAUGAAGGAACUGAAACUUGUAUAAUCUAUGCUGUUCAUGAAAUAAACAGAUAACAUGCAAAUAAUGCUUGUUUUAUUUACCUUUAAUGAAUUUUGAUCAUUUGGCUAGUUAGUCGGAAAGUUAGGAGAUUUCCUGAAUACUCGAAGCUUAUAAAUUUAUCCUUGCCAAAUACUAAGCAUUAAGUCUAGAUGAUUUUCACUUUUGUACAGCUACUAUCCAGUAAUAUGUUUUGAUGUUUGUAGUUGGUAUUAUUAUAAUAUUAUUUCAAUAUGAUAAAGAAAUAACCUUCCCAUAAUUUAAUAUUUUGGUUAAUUGAAUAAAUCUCAGCAUACAGCUAAGAAGAUUAUAAUCUUUAUAUCUAACUUUCUUACUUUGCAUGUAGUUCGGGUGAACUAUCUUAAAAAGUUUUUUUUUUAAUCUUUUGCUGUAGUGAGGUAGUUUCCUAUUUUAGUGUGUAUGUACAUGUUUCUACUUAUUUGAGGUAUGUGUACCUCAAUGAUGUUUAAAAAAUGUAUUUAUGUCACUAAUGUUUUAGGUUUUAAAAUCAAGGCAGAAGUCCAAUAUUCUUUUCCAAGAACUUAAGAAAUUAAAAAGUGUUUCUCAGUCUUACUGUAAGUAUGUGUCUUUUUAACUUACUAUAAAAUGACUUUCUACUAAAUUAGUGAUAAUUUUCAGUUCUGUAUUAAUAUGCUUUCUACUCAGGAUAAAAAAAAAGGUAAAAGUUCUAUUUUAUUAUUAUUUUUAAAACCUUUUGUUGUAAAAACAUACAUGUGUAAUAAUUGAAAAGCAAUUUGCAGUAAAACAUUUGAGUUUAAGAGGCAAUAUUUAAACUUCAAUAUGUAGUAAACUAUUUUUUGAGCUUUUUGUAAAUGUGUCUUAUUGUGCAUGUACCAUUCUGUGUACUUAAUUUCAGUAUGCAAAAGGUGAGUGAAUUGAAGGAAUUGCAAACCAUUGCCUUUUUUUUUAUCCAUUUCUAAUAAGACAAACUGUACUCAGUAUUACAACUUGUAUUUAGUUUCUUCAGUAUAACAUCAGGCUGUUGUUAGGGUUGUGUGUAAAGGAAGUGUUUUUUUUCCUGUGAAAUAACUGCUGUACAUAAAUUGAAACCUGUUUCCUUUAUAGAUUUCAUCAUUCAGAAGUUGCAAAAAAAGAAUUCAAGAUAAAUGUGUUUUGCAAUAAGAAUAUAUCUGGAGAACACUUCAGUCCUGAGAUUAAUGUGUGUUCACAGUUGGUUAUGUUUACCUUAUAGAUUUUGUUCUUUAUUUAAAUCAAAGGGUUACAAUAAAUACUUUCUGAAACAAGAAAGCAUGGAUACACUUCAGUUUCUCUGAACCGUUCUUAAAAGUGUUGAAUUGAAGGGUAAUUAACUAAAAAAAAUAAUAAACACUUCAAUAUCUCUCUUAAGUAAUUUUUAUGAAAACUACAGUAGAUUUUUUUAUGAUAUUCACUACAUUGUUUCUAUUUCAGUUUAAGUUAUUAAUCUCCCUCCAAAAUAUCUUAUUAUACAUGUUUAUGAAAACAGCCUAAAAUGAAAUUGUACACUUAUAAUAUGCAAGGUUUUUCAAAGUUAAAAUUUGCUUUAUACUGUUGUGUGUAUGUGAAGUAUUGUUAUUCUUUAUUGGAACUAAAUGACAUAAAGAUUGUAUUAGCAAGUCAGAGGUAAUCCUUGUAAAAUAUUAUUAUUUAUGGUAUUACAUAAUAUUACUUGUCAGUGAGUGUGAUGUCUUUUAUAUGAUAAUAAAUAAAUAUUAUUGAUCUAAUUUUUCUUACUUUCAUAGUCGCUUGUGUAUAAAAUAAUUUAAUGAGAUUAGGAAGAAUAUGUUUAAAAUAUUACACUACAUUUGUGUGUUUUGCUUCUUCCUUUAUGAAGUUUUUGAAAGUCACGUCACUUGAUAUUAAUAUCAAUAUAUUUAGCUUUGGAUUCUUAAGAUGGAAUAACAUCCUUUUGAUCAAAGGUUCUUUCUCUGGUGAUAUAACCUUUUUUUAUAUUAUGUUGUUAUGGUUUAGUCCUGAAUUGUAAAUUUUUCUUAGAUCAUAAUUUCUAUUUCAUUACAGCUUGCCCUAACAGAAAUAAAAGUGUUCCAUAUUUAUGGAGUUCUUUAAUCCUUGAAACACACCUUAUUUAACUCUAAAUAAACUUAGGUGUUUAAAUAAUAUCUGGCACCCUGCCAAAUUUAAUUAUUCAGUAUUAUAAGUUAAACAAACUGUUUAAUAAUGAUGUCAUAGAUUUAUUUUAAUUUUUUUAGGUGAGAUCAGUAUUAAACAUUUUGUCUGCUGUAUAAUACUGAAUAAUUAAACUUGGGAGAAUGUAAGAUAUUAUUCAAACAAUUAAAUUGAUUUAGGGUGAAACAUGUGUUUUAAGGACUUAAAACUACAUAAAUAUUAUAUACAUACCACAAUUCUAAGGGGCUUUACCAGAUCUUUCUGGUUUACUGACCCAAGCUGUGCUGAUGAGCCCCGAAUAUGGCAAAACUGCAAGCCAUAACAGAGGGUAUGGUGAAGUCAAGAUGUGGUCAUUUUUGUCUGAUACUUCAUUGAUCCAUUUUUUCAAACUUCACAAACACGCAAUGUGUGAAUAAAUAGUUAAUUUGAAGUGUCUAGCUUGUCAUAUAUUUUAGGCUGUGUUUCUUCCAUAUUUAAAUUUUCUUGAUACAUUUACUCAAAUUCAAUAAUUUAUCACAUCAAUUUAUGGAUCCUUCUUAUUUUAAAAUUUCACUAUAUGUACUGUGGAGUUAUGUUCUUUAAAAAAAAUAAUGGAAUUGAAUUUGUGAACAGAGUAAUGCUAUGAUGAAUCCAUGACAUUAAAGAAAAAUGUUGUAUGUUUUUAUAUGUAUAUAUGAUAGUAAAGUUUCAAAGGUAAAGUGUAACAAUAAUAAAUUCCUUAUUUCUCCUCAAUAAAAAAAGCCAAACACUGUAUCUUACAUUUUCUUAUUGGCUUAUCAGUUUGUGUUACAACUGUAGCAGUGUUGAAGUGUAUGUAUAACUAGUUAAUAAUUUUAUACUAUUGAGAAAAUGUAUACAGUAUAUGUAAAAAUAAUUUACCUUACGUAGAUAUCUUUUCGACUAUUAUAUUUGAAAAUAGAGCUGGGUGAUUAACUCAAUUAAUCAAUAUUAUCAGUAUACUAUGAGCAUCAAUUAGACUGAUAUUAAAAUAAUCAUUAACUGAAAUUAUGAUUAUGUCAAUUAAUGUAAUGAAAAUAAUCAACUAAUUGAAAUUAGUGUUUCCAGUUAUGUCAUCUGUCCAAGUCUCGCGUGAGGAUAAUUGAUUAGUUGAAUGUAAUCUAUUAACAAGCCAUUGAUUAAUCAUUUGAUACAUUACAUUAAUUGUUCAGCUCUAACCAUAAAUACUACCAAAUAACUAAAUAGAUGUAAAUAACAGUUUGUUGCUUAUAAAUUACUUGUCAAGAAACUUGUUUAAAUGAAUAAAAAGGCUGGAUAGUUCAUCACAUCAUUAGAAAGUGAACACUUGUAUUUUAAUGUUUGACAUAUAGAAUAUUCAAUGGAUGUGUUUUUUGGUACAAUACAGAUCAAGAGAAUCUUUAAAACCUAUUUGAUUUCCAAGUAAAUUAAUUUUUGCUAGAUUAAUUUUCACCCAUUAUUUGAAAUUUGGUUAUAUUACUUCUGCUGUUAUAGCUAAAAUCUAGUAGUAGAACGAGUUAAAAGACCUAUAUCUUAACUUUCUGUGUAAAGUUGUACAACAAACAAAUUCAAAGUAUUUAUACAAAAGUGACAGUCCAUUAUUUGAUUCAAAGAACCAGACAAAACUCUUCUGGCUAGUUCUUCCAUCUGGUCAGUGGGUAAAAAGUAGGGAUGAUUAUACUCAAGUCUUGUGGGUCUAUGACCUGGCAUAACAUGUUAUUGAGAAGUGUAAAUAGAUUUCAAGUUUAUAACUGCUAGAAGAAUAGUGACAGCUAUUGAAUGAAAAAAUCAUAAUUCUUCCUUGCAAGUUAAGAUAAUUACAAUGCUGAAAUGCUUCUUUUGUAUCAAAUUGUAGUAUUAAAUAUGGAUGAUAUA